AUGUCAGGCCCAACACUGGCAACAGAGGUGCAAACCUCGAGCGAUGCUGCUGAAAUCUUCACCAGCAACUACUACCAAGCCAUAAACCGACAAAAAGACAUCCUCCCAUUCUACAUAAACUCCUCCCAAAGAUACCCCAUCGCCGCAGACAUCUCCAUCAACGGCGCCGUCCUCCCAACACCAGACGACUACUCCAAACUCCUCGAAGCGCAAGGCAAAGACGCGCACUAUGAGAUCGAAUCCUUCGACGCACACGUCCUCAACCCGAAUUUCACAAUGGGCGCACCCGAAAACAUCUUCGACAGCGCGAAAAAGGAGAAGAGCGGCGACAAGAUGUCCAUCCUCGUCACUGUUAUGGGCAGGGUACAGUUCGGAAAGGGCAGAGAGGCGCCUCAAAAGAUGUUCAACGAGACGUUUGUUCUCGUACCGAACUGGGAAUCUAUGGUCAAGAACCCUCCUAGGGGUGUGAAGAAGUGGCUCGUCAUGUCCCAGAACUUUCGCGCUCUGUAG